AUAAAUAAUAUUACCGUAUUUACCGGAGGUAACGAUUAAUUUGAAUUACAUUUUUUUUUUUUUUUCGAUUCUUUACUCACGCAAAAUAAUUUCAGAUAGAAAAGAAAAUGUUUUCUUUUUACGUAUGCGCUCUUACUCUAGGGAUAUUUCAUUAUUAAAUGGAAAUUGGAAUGUGGAGAAAUAGCGCUGCACAUUCCUUCUGACACUUUAUGAAUUGCUUAGGCAUUGAAAUUGCUUCUUACUAAACGUUUUGACUUUUGUUUGACAGAUAAUUACGGCGUGCGACGACGGCGCAAUUAUGAAGGCCAAAAUGUACUUCGUUUUCAAUAAGAAGGUACUCUGAAGAUAUUUCAAGGCGUAAGUCGCGGUCAGUCUUUUCGUUGUGCGCAAUCCUUGCAAAAGGAAGACCUCGCGCGACCUCAACACUUCUGAUCCCUCCCGGAAGAGGAAACAUCCCCCCCCGCGAGUUUGAAACCGGGUUACCCGGAGCCCGCACGGGGGAGGGAGAAUCGGAGAGGGUUCACGCGAGCUUGGACGAACGCGGACGAUCGAUCGAUUACCUCCUCCAGGGAGGUGGCGAAGGAGGAAGAGGAAGAGAACAAGAACGCGGAAUAACCCAGAGUGUUUUUCUCGCGAGGGAGCAGCGUCGUUUUUAAUCCGCAGGUACGGAAGGAGAAUUGUGUUGUAUGAGUGAUCCUCAUUUAAAAUAGAGCGGGAUAUAAAUUCUAACCGGAUUUCACGUUCUCUUGGGUUAACGAAGAUAGCAUUUUGACAAUUUUAAUGAGUUACAAUUUUAAUGAGUUCUGUACGUAACGCAGAAUAAUUUCAGACAGAAAAGAAAAUGUUUUCUUUUUACGUAUAUACGCUCUUACUCAGGGAAUAAUAUUUCAUUAUUAACCUUGGAAAUUGGAAAGUAGAGAAAUAGCGCUGCACAUUCCUUUUGACACUUCAUGAAUUGCUUAAGCAUUUAAUUCCAACGUAGGACUCGCGGGUUAAAAGGGUCAAUUACUGUAGAAUUCGCAAACGUUAUUAUAGUUCUCUUUUUCCAUUUCUUUUCGCACUGUACAACUAUGAACGUAAUAAACGACUGUUAUUCUAGUUUGAUACUUCUUUUUUCUUCUUUUCUUUUUUCUUUUUUUUAAUUAUAUAUAAAAUGAUAGCUAGACAGAGGAUCGCGUACAGUUUCGAUUGACGUUUUCCCGUUAAACUGAACAGAGAACUAUUGUCCGUUUUACAGUCCCCUAAUUACUUCGAGUCCAAGAAAAAGUCAAACAAUCGGACGUGAUUCAAGGUGGGGCGGGAAAGGAAAACGGAGUUGGAGAGAGAGUAGGGACGAGCUCGCAGGGUCGGCUAUCAAUCGUCGAUCAAUCAGAGAAAACGAAAGUGGUGGUCGGGGCGGCACGUGGGGGUAAGAUCGGGAACGUUUAACGGGAGGCUUUCAAGCGCGGUGUUCAAUGAGACAAGGAGAUGAGGACGAGGAAGUUGCUGCUGCCGAUCAUUCUCUUGUGCGUCACGGUGGUGGGCCUGGCGCUCUGCCAGGAGAAAAGGUGGCCAAAAGCGACCACGAAGCACCGGGAUAAAAGCGCCAAGGGCAAGUACGAUCCCGAUUACGCGGACAGGAUGACAGAGGAGGACUCCGCGGAGUUUGACUAUGGUCGAGGCUCAGCGGCCACCGGCUCUUACGAGUCUGGAUAUCUGGACGCCCAAGCCGCUUACAGAAACCACAGAGCGAUCGAUGACACCAGAUCUACGGAUGUCGAGCCGAAGAGUAAUCAGCAGUCUAGUCAAUUGUCGAAUCUACCUAAGUCGCAUAUGAAAUCGAGCGAGGAGGUAGGACGAGAGAAAGGACAAGAAUUCAAGAAUACGACUACCGAGGACGAGACUAUCUGUGGGAAUAUAGAUAUCAGAAACAGCGUUGUCUUCUUCUCGCCCUUGAAAAAGUGCCACGUGAUCGAAGGCUUCCUGCAAAUCGUGCUGAUUGAGAACAACACCGAGGCAGAUUUUGAGAAUAUCAGCUUCCCCUUGUUGAGAGAAAUCACUGGCUAUUUUCUUCUGUAUCGCGUGGACGGUCUCAAGAGCCUCAACAAACUCUUCCCAAAUCUCGAGGUCAUCAGAGGCAAUAUACUUCUCACGGACUACGCCUUCAUGAUUUACGAGAUGAAGAAUUUGCAGGAGAUCGGCCUCACCAGCCUGACACAGAUCUCCCGGGGUGGCGUACGCAUCGAGAAGAAUCCCGCCCUUUGCUUCACAAAUACCGUGAAUUGGAACGCCAUCGUCUCGGCCGGCGAGAACUUCAUCAAGGACAAUAGGAAUGAACAGAGUUGUCCACACGUGAAAGGAUGUCCUCAGUGCCCUAGUGGUUAUUGCUGGACUGCUCAACGUUGCCAAAAACUGGAGAAACCAACAUGCCAUGAGCAAUGUCUCGGGGAGUGUUAUGGUCUGAGCGAUAGCGAGUGUUACGUAUGCAAGCAUUAUCGGCACAAGGAAAGAUGUAUUGAAAGCUGUCCGUCCAACUUAUAUUCAUAUCUCUCGAGACGAUGCGUCAACGAGACUGAAUGCCGUGAUAUGAAAAAAAAUGAAAAAAAAGUUUCUAAACUGGAGGACACGCAGAUAUGGCGACCUUUUAAUAAUUCCUGUGUCACUCAAUGUCCCGACGGUUUCGAGGAUUACGUCGACGAGAAUAAUAUAACACACUGUCAGGUUUGCAAAGGACAAUGCCGUAAAAUCUCAGGCGGCGCUAUCAUACGCCACAUUUCGGAUGCUCAAAGUUUUCGUGGUAUAACGGUAGUGAAGGGUGCUCUGGAAUUCCAAAUUAGAAACGGUAAUCCGAAUAUCAUGAACGAAUUGGCAGACGCAUUCGGUUUAGUCGAGGAGAUUACCGACUACCUGAAGAUAACGCAUUCUUUUCCGAUCACGUCAUUGAGCUUCUUCAAAAAGCUUAAAGUGAUUAAAGGUGAAAAUCUAGACAUUAAUAACGCAAGUUUAGUGGUCCUGGACAAUCCAAAUCUUUCCUCCCUUUUCCCUCAAAAUAUAACGAUAGAGAAUGGUAGACUAUUCUUUCACUACAAUCCCAAGCUCUGUCUUUCCAAAAUAACGGAUUUCGGUAAAAUGGUGAACAUCACUAACUUCACGGAUCUCGAGGUUCAACCAGAAUCGAACGGUGAUAAAGUUGCCUGCAACAUCGCCAAUAUAAACAUUACGGUGAAAAAACGGGAUGCGGAUCACGUGAUUUUGAGUUGGGAUAGUUAUAAGCCGCCGGAGGGCCAACAACUCCUCAAUUACCUGCUAAAUUACAUAGAAACUGAGAAUCGGAACAUAACGUACGAGGCAAAUGCCUGCGGUAAUAACACCUGGCAAAUCGUGGACGUCGGCAUACCAAGUUGGAAUUCGAUUGUUUCGAAGAAUAUCACAAACUUGAAGCCGUAUACCAGGUAUGCCGCUUAUGUAAAAACAUUUACGGCGAGGAACAAGAAAAAUUCCUCAAAUUUCACUCGUGUAGGUCAGUCGGAGAUCAUCUUUUUCUGGACGAAAAGCGCGAUACCUUCGGUACCAACGAACGUGAGCUCGACCGCGAUAAGCGACAGUGAAAUUCUACUAAAAUGGGAUCCGCCGAUAUAUCCGAACGGUCCUUUAGGUUACUACAUGAUCUCCAGUAUGAUUCGACUAGAUGAUGAAGAAUUGGUCGCCUCGCGAGACUAUUGCGUCGAUACAUUAAUCAAUGAAGCCAAGAAAGAAGAGAUACACGAGGUGACGAUUAAAACGUCACUGAUCUCGAAUCCCAAUUCCUGUUGCUUCAAAGAUGCGAAUGCAAAGACUUCCCAGCAGUUCGAGAUAUUCUGCCAUGAAAAUAUAUCAAUUAGCAAUCUGUCUCCUGGCUGGAAAGAUAAUUGCGUCUUCAAUAAUUACAACUCACCGAAGAGUAAAUUUUACGAUCUGACGAAUAAUUUUUCCAUGUCGACGCGGGAAAGACACAAAACUGCGACAGAUAUUUCGGUCAAUACUGGUAGUAGUGUCACUAUCAGCCAUCAGGAUGAUAAAAUGUUCAUAUACAAUGUUAGUGCACAAAAUACUUCGUUUCUCUUGAAGAACUUGUAUCAUUAUUCUUUGUACACUAUCACGAUUGCCGCAUGUGGCGUCAAGAUGGACGACACGCCAAUGUGCUCGUCUAUUCAGUAUAUGAACGUUCGAACGUUGAGACAACAGAGUGCUGACAACAUUAACAACGUGAAAAUUCAUGUUACUAACGAUACGAUAGAGGUCAUCUGGGAGUCGGUUAAAAAUCCAAAUGCAUUCACCGUGUCGUACACCAUCGAGUACACAAACUUGGACGUGAAGGAUGCAAAGAAGAGCACCGAGUGCAUACCGUACAUUGGCAACAAAGAGAAGUAUAUCAGUCAUUAUAUCAGAAAUCUCAGUCCGGGUAGGUAUAGUCUGAGAAUACGCUCUACAUCACUGGCGGGUGAUGGCGUUUUCACCAAUGUGGUUUACUUCUCGAUCGGUGUGUCGAACAAAAACCGAAUAAUGCUGGCGACGUUGUUAACUGUAAUUGUGUUGGGCGCCGCUGUAGCCACGAUAGUGCUCCUUACCAGAAACCAUCAGAAGAAGAAGACGCAGGAACGUUUAAUAGCUAGCGUGAAUCCAGAUUAUAUCGAGACCAAGUACGUUGUCGAUAGCUGGGAAGUACCCAGGGAGAAUGUCGAGAUCCUGGAGGAUCUCGGUCUAGGUAACUUUGGCAUGGUAUACCGAGGAUAUCUGGUACAUCCGGACGGUACUGUGCAAGUAGCUAUCAAAACGAUCUCCGAGACUGCCAGUCAGCGGGAAAAGAACGAGUUCCUAAACGAGGCCUCGGUCAUGAAGAAUUUUUCGACAUGGCACAUCAUUAAGUUGCUAGGUGUAGUCUCCAUGGGCAAUCCGCCAUUCGUCAUCAUGGAACUCAUGGAAAAUGGCGAUCUAAAAACGUAUCUGCGUAGAAUACGCGAUACCCAGAUGGUGCCAAACGCAUCCAGAAUAAUGAGAAUGGCUGCGGAGAUCGCCGAUGGUAUGGCCUAUCUCGAAUCAAAGAAAUUCGUGCACCGCGACCUAGCCGCCCGUAAUUGCAUGGUGUCCAAAGACCUGGUCUGCAAGAUCGGUGAUUUUGGCAUGGCCAGAGAUAUCUACGAGACCGAUUACUACAAGAUUGGCAAGAAGGGCCUGCUACCGAUACGCUGGAUGGCACCGGAGAAUCUUUCCGACGGCGUAUUCACAUCUGAUUCGGACGUGUGGUCAUUCGGCGUUGUACUCUAUGAGAUACUCACCCUCGCUGAGAUACCAUAUCAGGGUUUCUCGAACGAGGAGGUGUUGCAUCAUGUCUUGCGCAAAGGUGUACUGAAUAUACCACGGAACUGUCCUGAAACCAUACAGAAGAUCAUGGAAAAGUGCUUUAAAUGGCGACCCAGCGAACGUCCGACUUUCAUGGAGAUCGUCUCCGAACUGGAGCCGUUCCUAGGCCAAGACUUCUGUGAGAAGUCGUUCUAUCACUCCGACGAGGGAAUUGAAAUACGUAGCCUUGGUAUCAAGAAGGUCUAUCACAACGCUGCACCGAUUCGAUUUCACUGGGGCCACGAGACCGCAAGAUGGGUGAAGGACUUUGAGGACAACGUAACUCUGCUCGAUCAGAUGAAGGCGGGCACCAGCCGAGGACGGAUCUUCAAGAACGGUUUCCAACACUUCGGUAAUGUAACGAACUUCGAGGAUGUUCCGUUGGAUCGAUGAGAUUAGUCGGUGCACCGUUGAGCGAAAAAAAUUCAGCGGAACGAGAUAUAAUUGCUUGAAGCCCUCUUUGGUCAUAAAAUCCGCGGAAGGACUUGUCGAUAUUAAUGUACAAACAAUACUCAGGGCAAUACGCGAGUGGUCUGACGAGGCCGUUGGACAAAAUAUGUAAGGAUGUUACCAAGUCACUCGCACGCUCGUUCGCUCGUUUGUUUGCUCGCUCGCGCGUGUUCGUUCGCUCGUUUGUUCGUUCGUUCGUUCGUUCGUUCGUUCGUUCGUUCGUUCGUUCGUUCGUUCGUUCGCUGGCGCAGCGACAAGUGUUUUGUGUCCUUCUCUUAUUGCGGACCAAACGUAAUCAGAUCUUGAUGGUGGAUAGCAAUGCAGAGAAACUUCGCUGCGCGCGUCGCUUUGCGACGGCGUAUGGAAGAGAUGGUGUUCGUAAUAGAAGCUAAGCUCGAACAAUUAGAUAAAUUAACAUAGGCGCGUAGUGUUUUGUAAUCGAAAAUCAUGGCUUCUCUAGACCCGUGUUUCUUUUUCUUAAACACGCCCGAAGUUCUUUCUGCCAUUUAUCAAAUAUUCAUUCCUUCCAGGAGUAUGUUUCUUUAUCCUUCGCACGGGCAUACAAUUUAAUCCUGAAGUAACUAUUCUCGAACAUUGCUUUUAAUACAUAACACUCAUAACGAUAAUUUCACAAAAUAUUCAUCUCCAUUCUAUCGAAAAAA